AUGUCUGCGCCUGACAAGUUCGGCAAUGAUAUCGGGUCCGAAUCCGACUCUGGUAACGAGUCACUUCUCGGCGAUGGUCCCGAUGACGCUCCCGAGGAGCUUGACCAGAAGCCGCUCAAGUCGGCCCUGAAGAAGGCUCCCGUGGCCCCUCCGGUCCCGGUCGAACGGCCGCCUCUCCCCCCACAGACGGAUGCGAAGGACCUCGAUCUCAGCUCGCUCACUCCGCUCACCCCCGAAAUCAUCGCGCGGCAAGCAACCAUAAACAUCGGCACCAUCGGCCACGUCGCCCACGGAAAGUCCACCGUGGUCAAGGCCAUCUCCGGCGUCCAGACGGUCCGUUUCAAGAACGAGCUGAUCCGUAACAUUACCAUCAAGUUAGGAUAUGCGAAUGCCAAAAUCUACAAGUGCGACAACCCCGAAUGCCCCCGGCCGGGAUGCUACCGGAGUUACAAGAGCGAGAAGGAGGUGGACCCCCCGUGCGAGCGCGAGGGAUGCAGCGGCACGUACAGAUUACUGCGUCACGUCUCUUUCGUCGACUGCCCCGGUCACGAUAUUCUCAUGAGCACUAUGCUUUCUGGCGCUGCGGUCAUGGACGCUGCCCUACUGCUCAUCGCCGGCAACGAAUCUGUCCCGCAGCCUCAGACUUCGGAGCAUCUGGCGGCCAUCGAAAUCAUGAAGCUGGACAAGAUCAUCAUCUUGCAGAACAAGGUGGACCUUAUGCGGGAGGAAGCUGCUCAGCAACAUUACCAGUCCAUCCUAAAAUUCGUCCGAGGCACACCCGCUGCCAAGUCGCCCAUCAUCCCCAUCUCCGCCCAGCUUAAAUUCAAUAUUGACGCCAUUAACGAGGCUAUCGUUAACACGAUCCCGGUCCCGCCCCGAGACUUCACCCAAGAGCCACACAUGAUGGUCAUUCGAUCCUUCGACGUCAACAAGCCUGGUGCCGAGAUCGAAGAGCUGAAGGGCGGUGUUGCGGGCGGCAGUAUCCUACACGGCGUGUUAAGGUUGGGCGACGAGAUCGAGAUCAGACCCGGCAUUGUGACUCGAGACGACAAGGGUGCUCUCCAAUGCAAACCGAUUUGCAGUCGUAUCGUGUCUCUAAAUUCGGAAUUCAACGACCUCAAAUACGCCGUCCCCGGAGGUCUCAUCGGUGUCGGUACGAGAAUUGACCCCACGCUCUGCCGAGCCGAUCGUCUCGUCGGGUUCGUCCUCGGCCUCAAGGGCCGCCUCCCUGCCAUCUACAGCGAGAUAGAGGUCAACUUCUAUCUCCUGAAGCGGCUGCUAGGCGUCCGGACGGCGGACGGUAAGCAGGCCAAGGUGGCGAAGCUGGCCAAGAACGAAGUGCUCAUGGUGAACAUCGGUUCCACCUCAACCGGCGCCAAAGUCGCUGCCAUCAAGCAAGACGCGGCGAAGUUGUCGCUGACCAGCCCGGCCUGCACCAACCUGGGAGAAAAGAUCGCCCUCAGCCGACGAAUCGAGAAGCAUUGGCGUCUCAUCGGAUGGGCCACCAUCACAGCUGGUGUCACAGUAGAGCCAACCGAAUCAUGA